AGCAUGAAUAUUGUUCCAGCAGUUUCGAAUCCUGCAAUCUGCGAAUCUUCGAACGGUCACGACCCCCGUUCCGCUCUGCCCGCUCGUUCUCCAUUGUUCUUACGAUUGUCCGAUAAUCUCCGGUCUUUAUUGAUAGUUGAUGAUUAUCUAAUGGUCGACGGUCGUUGUUGAUCAGCCAGAAACGCGGCCCGCGCGCUGCUUGAUCCCACACCAAUGGCGCUCGUCGCUCCGUCCACCGCGCCCGCUUGUUGCCUUACGCCUUGUCUCGAGGCUGCUCAGACCGCGUGGUCGAGCCGCCCGCUUUCAGUCUCCAUCCGCUUUCGCUGUCUCUCUGCCUCGGCCCCUCUCUUAGCAUCGGCCAUUCCCUCUGCCUCGGCCCCUCUGCCUCGGCCCCUAUCAAAGGGUGCAUCUUUGCAUUUUCGCUGUCCCUCUCCCUCUGCCCCUCCCUCUGCAUCUGCCCCUCCUCUGCCCCUCCCUCUGCAUCUGCCCCUCCCUCUGCCCCUCCCUCUGCAUCUGCCCCUCCCUCUGCCCCUCCCUCUGCAUCUGCCCCUCCCUCUGCCCCUCCCUCUGCAUCUGCCCCUCCCUCUGCAUCUGCCCCUCCCUCUGCAUCUGCCCCUCCCUCUGCCUCUGCCCCUCCCUCUGCCUCGGCCCCUCCCUCUGCCUCUGCCCUCCCUCUGCCUCGGCCCCUCAUUCUUUUCGCCGAGCUCGUCUCUCUUUGUACUCGCAACCCUCUCAAAUAGGUUUUCAGCUGCAUUGCAACCCACUACACCGCACUGAGCCACAGCAGACUCAACCGCAGUGCACAGAACAGUACCGCAUUCAGCCGCUCAACACUCUACAGUCUCAACCCAGCGGCUCUGAACCUGCAUCGUCUUCAUCCGUGGAGUCAUCUGCACCGAAUCCAACCGCACUGCACCCUACCCCAUCCCAUACAGCCGAACUGGGACGACCCUCCACGCACGAUUUUCUUCUUCCCCACCCUCUGGACCCUCCUCGUCCCCCUCCGUCUCUCCCUGAAUUGCUAGCCGCUUGGCGAGACAAGAGAGCGAGACAACAUUAUGCACAACCCACAGCACCGCACCCAACCGCACUGAGGUCAGCUGCCCCGCAAUCCUCGCAGUAACAGAUUCAUCCACGUCAGCAGCAGCCCAAUCAGACGUCAAUGGUUGUAAUACAUCACAUCAUACAGCCCCUACGACCCAGACGGACGUAAAAAUUUCGAGCCUAACGCAGUCCCCCAUACCGCCCCUUCCGUUCUUGCUGACCUGCGGGGUGAGAUGAGGUCUGUUGCUCGGAUGUAUGGCAACCAAAAGGGUUUCAGCAACGGGGUUGACUCAGGAGAGAGCGAGGGUGACUAUAACGAGGUUCUUCCUGUACCAGCAACGGCACAAGAGGCCGAGGAUCUUCUGCAGCAGCUAAUACAGGAGACCCGCUCGCUCGCCUCUCCGUCGGGUGUCAACUGUGGCGUUUUCAGGCGGAGUUGACUCCUCGCUGGCAGCCCUGCUUCUGCAUAGAGCACUUUCAGAAGUGCCUUCACCGUCUCACUCACAAUCUAACUCUCAUUCACACUCUCACUCACACCUGCACUCACACUCUCACUCUCACUCACACUCACCCUCACACUCUCACUCACCCUCCACUCUCACUCACCCUCACACUCACCACAACACAUACACUCUCACUCUCACUUACUCUCACACUCUCCACCCACAGUCGCAGCAGUGAUCGCCCCUAAGCCCCUCCCUCUCCUCCUCUCAGCUUAUCACAGCUCGCCAUGUGGCAGCAGCCAUAGGCAUUCCCUUAUGGGAGGUGGAAACAACAGAGGAUCAGUCCUGAUGAGGAUGGGAAUGGUAACAGCAAAAGCAGAAGUCACUCUCUUUCAAUGGCACCAAUGCGGACGACCUCUCAGACCCCUCUCGCUUGGGCCUCCUGGCUGCUCUGCAUUGCAACGUGGUGUCUCCUCUUGCCCGACUGCCCAAGGCUGCAGUGCGGCAGUAGCCAGAGUAGCGGGCUUGCCCAACUGGGACCUAGCAGCAUCCCCCUGCCUGCGUAGCAGACUGGCGUUUGGAGUGGAGGCGACAGCAGACACGCUCAUUCUGGUGGAGAGGGCAGAAGAGAUGGUCCGCUCGUUUCUUCCCCUCACCUCAAGAGACAACAUGAGAGUACGCCUGCUACAUCCCACACCCCUUCCCUCUUGCCUUCCCACCACCUCAACCAUCACCCCCGCAACUGCUGCCUCCGACCGCCAAUCUCCCUUGGAUCAACCGCCAAUCGCACGUACUGUCUCGGCAGCAGCCAACCAGCCACCGAUCAAGAGAUCUUCAACUGCUGUCCGGCACCCACCAACCAGCAACUCCUCACUACCGUCCCAGCACCAGUCAACCGGCAACUCCUCACUACCGUCCCAGCCCCCCACUGGGAGCAAGCUCAGCCCCGUCGGUGCUCUCACUGCCCUUCUGGAGGUGGACCAGCACUGCUUGCAGCGGGCCGAGGCACAGCAUGCGGGGAUUGCAGCGGGAAUGGCGGCCAUAGGGCUCCACUACUGGGGCUGCAGGGCGUUCAAAAGUGGCAGCCUGGUGCCUCUGUAGGUCCUCUAUAUUGCAACUUGCAUUGCCUGCACUGCAGCGGGCUGAGGCACAGCAUGCGGGCAUUGCAGCGGGUGUGGCGGCAAAGGGCCCCAAUACUUGGCCUGCAGGGCGUUCAAGAGUGGCAGCUCGCUGCCUCUGUAGAGCUUGCAUCGAUGGUGUUGGUCGUAACGGGCGCUACAAGCCUAUGAGUCUGGGAGCUACGUAGCGGGUUAGUGCGCCCACCCCCCAGGCAGAGAGGCUUGUAGCCCUUCCCCGAGGAUCUCAAGGGCAACCCCAGCGGGUCUCUCGACACUACAUUCCUAUGACUAAAGGCGCUAGUACAUUUUGUGGAGGAAAGAUGGACCACAUGUCCACGAACUCUUGAGGUCACGUUUGAGGCACCUGAAAACAGGUAUGUAGUUCUAAGUUUAGACAUGACUUACGUAGAGAUUUUGCACUACAAGCUAUUUCGGAAGUUGUGUACAAAUGACAUGCGUAA